UCGAGUCUGAAAUCGGCCCCAAGUUUGAAGACAGUUCUUUGCAACUCGCUGGAAUGAAUGGUUCGCAUAGAAGACUGGUAAACGAAUCCUCUCUCACAACUUGGUCUUGGUGUGUGUAUGGACAACUGGUCUGGCUUGUGUGUUGGAAAGCUCUCGUGUCUCGAGAGGAUCGCCACCAACAAUGAUGCAUUUCGUCCCUCAAACCAAUGUGCCUCCGUCUUCUUCUCCUUCUUCUUCGUACCUGAGUUCGUGGACCCGUCGCUCCCCUCUUCUUGUCUUAUUCACUAUUGUUUCUGUGGUGACCUCGUCCAUUGAGGAUGCAAACACUUGUCAAAGCGACAAACUUGCCAUCUACACUGUCACCUUUACCACCUAUUGGGAUUCCACCACUUUUCCGAAACAAUAUCCUGAAUGGCGACCUCCCGCACAAUGGUCGAAAGUUGUGGGAUUUUCGCAUGAAGAAGACUUCCACCUGUUCCAAAUGGGUCAAGAGUCGAGUGAAGGCUUAAAAGAAUUCGCUGAAACCGGACAAACAGAUAACUUGGACAAGAUCGAGGAUAAGGCCAUUUUCGACGGCUUCAACGCCCCGCCCAUCGAGAGUGGGGCCGGCCAAUCUCAAGCCAAGAUCUUUGUGGAUGGAAACCACACCUUGGUGUCGGUGAUAUCCAAGAUUGUGCCUUCGCCGGAUUGGUUUGUCGGAUUGGACUCCUUGAAUUUAUGCGAGAAUGGACGCUUUUUGGAUAGUGUCACGAUCGAGGCCGAUCCCAUGGACGCGGGAACAGACAACGGAUUUACAUUCACUUCCCCUAAUUGGCCGACGGUCCCUCAAGCGGUGAUUUUUCGGAUCACAAAUACGUACCCGACUCAUCCUGCCGGGUCGUUUCAUUAUCCUGAAAUCUCAAGUCUCCCUACUAUUGCUACUUUCAGCUUUGUUAAGGAAAAGGAAUACGAAUUGAAUGAGGUAUUUCACCUUAAUCACGGCUCAGAUGGUGGAGAAGAUGUUUUGAAUAUCCGUCAGGUCAAUAAAUUUGCCUAUAGCUUGGCCCAAAUCGCCAAAUCCGAGCAGAAAGCAAGGGAUGCAUUGGAUCAUCGUGACUCGACAAACGGCUCGAAAUCCCCUCGAGCAUCUUCAUCCCCCUUGACCGCUUCGGAACUAGAAGUCAUGAACGAUGAAGAAGAUCAAGGCUUUGAGGAUGACCUUGACCCUGACCGGGAUCACGAGAUUGAGGUCGACAACGAUAACGACGACGAUGACGAACACGAGGAGGAGGAGGAGGAGGAGGAUCCCAAUGAAGAAGUGAGUCAAAUGCUUGAGACCAAUGAGAUCCCACAGAAGAGGAAGUCGGACAGACAUCACCGACGCCAUCAUCAUCGCCCGAAUUCGUUGAGCAAUCUGGGUAUGCACUCCGUCCGUCGGGGCGGCUACCAUGCCAGCUCAUCCCCCACGGAUUUUCUCAAGAAGCGAUACAAAUCUGAGUUUCUCGAAUCGGCCUCCGAGAAGGUGUUUGACAAGGACAGUCUCUACAAAAAGAUCUUGGAGUCUUACCGAGCCAGUAAGAAGCACGGGCUAUCCGAAUCCUUGGCGAAAAAGCUAAAAAGGCGACGGAUGAGGAAGCUCAGGAAGCACUCCAAGCGACAUCACAAGCCUCCCAGAGAUUGCAAAGUUUCGGAAUGGAGCGAUUGGGGUCCUUGUAGUAAAUCGUGUGGUAUUGGUGAAGCCCUUCGAAGGAGGACCAUUCAGAAACACCCUAAACGCGGUGGAAAAUCUUGUCCAAAGUUGGAAGGAGUUCGUUGGUGUGGGAGUGCCCGGAAUUGCCGGGACAAGUAUUUCGAUUGGUGAUCAACCCUGCCUCCAAAUCUGCCAAAAUGGCCAACAAUCACAGAGAACGAACGAUGAGAUGCAAGCUGAUGAACGUUGAGAGCGAUUUGCGCGUGACUUUUACUGCUGGUCUGCCUACUUACAUCAUUAGUGUGAGUAAUGAUGUCUUUAUUAUUGUUAUAAUUAUCAUUUCUAGCAGUAUCAUUAUCAUUUUGCUUUGAUUAUAAAUACGAAAAACAAAAUAGAUAUAUUUAAGGUGAAAAUGGGCUGAUAAUAAACGAGAUUGACGCUUUUUGCUUGAGA